GCGCCCUCGUAACCAUGUAUGGGAAAUGCGGCAGCCUGGCCGACGCGCGGAAGGUCUUCGAUGACAUGCCGCGCAAGACGAUAGUCGCCUGGAGUGCGAUGCUGGCUGCUUGCACCAGAAAUCCCGAUCAGGGCGGGCUUCCCGCUGCGAUCGAGCUCUAUCGCCAGCUCCGGGAUGCCGGCAUUGGCGCGGACGAGUACGUUUUCAUCAGCGUUCUUGAUGCCGCCGCCAAGUUGGGAUCCUUGGAGGAGGGCAAAGUGAUCCACGGGCACAUUCUCGAAUCGGGAUUUGACGCGCAUCCGGAUGUCGCUGCUGCGAUUGUCAACAUGUACGGGAAGCUUGGCCGCUUGGAUCUGGCAAUGGAAGUGUUUGAUAGGAUGGAGGAGAAAAAGCUGGCGGCCUGGAACACUGCGAUUGCCGCAAAUGCCCAUAAUGGGCAGUUUGGAGCUGCGAUUGCGCUGCUGUGGAAGUUGGAUCUGGAAGGGAUCAGGCCGGAUAUGGUGACGCUGAUUGAGAUCCUGGCAGUGUGUUCUUGGAAGCAGGAUAUAGCACAGGGUAUAAAGAUCCACGAGCGUAUUUGCUCGUGUGGCUGGGAGCGUAAUGUUGUCGCUGGAACCUCUAUCGUCAACAUGUAUGGAAAGUGUGGCAGAAUCAAGGAAGCAAAGCGUGUUUUUAAUCAAAUGCACGUACGCGAUGUUGUGACUUGGAACGCUAUGAUCUCUGCGCUUGCCCAGACCGGGCAUUGCAGAGAGGCGAUCGAUCUCUACAAGAAGAUGGACGUUCAAAGGAAUUCGAGCAGUUUCAUGAGCGCCCUCGGUGCUUGUGCAUUGCUAGGAUCCCUGCAAGAUGGCAAACAAAUCCAUGCCGAGAUCAUUGCGAGGUUUGCCAGCUUGUCUCAUCGAUUUCUCGAGACUGGAGUGGGUAAUGCGUUGAUCAACAUGUACGCGAAAUGCCAGCAAGCAAUCGAUGCAAAGAAAGUUUUUGAUUCAUUAAAAGAGAAAAAUGUGAUAACUUGGAACGCUACUAUUGCAGCAUUUACCCAAAACGGGUAUUUCACAGAAGCCCUUGACUUGUACGAUUGUAUGGUUAAGAAAGACUCGUCCGUGCGUCCAGACAAUGUGACAUACGUGAACGCUCUCCACGCUUGCGCGGGACUGGGAUGGAUCGUCCAGGGCAGGGAUCUUCACUCGCGAAUCGUCGCGAGCGAGUGGAGCAGCGACGCAGUGGUGAUGAACAGCGUGAUGAGCAUGUUUGUGCGGUGCGGCAGCCCAGGCGAGGCCAAGCGCGUCUUCCUGGGUCUGAAGAACCGCUCCGCAGUGUCGUGGACGAUCGCGAUCGCUGCCACUGCGCAGCAAGGGAGCAGCAACGAGGCCGUGGAGCUGUUCUUGGAGAUGGUCCAAGAAGGCCUGGCCCCGGAUUCCUACGCAUUCGCAGGGAUUCUCUUCGCAUGCAGCCAUGGAGGGCUUCUCGACACCGGAUGGAGCUGCUUCACAUCGAUGCGGCAGGAUUUUGGCGUGGAUCCGGGAGCCGAGCACUACGGGUGCCUGAUAGAUCUUCUGGGUCGCGCGGGGCGAUCGAAUCAAGCCAAAGAGCUCCUCCUCGCCAUGCCCUUCUCCCCGGAUAAUAUUUCUUGGACGGCUUCCGUGUCUAUUAGGUGAUCACUGGCUCGAGAUUCACGAAUGGCGGCAGUGGCGUCUAGGAUCGCUGGAGUGAAGGGACUGGCGGAUGCUGGGAUCGCCAUGGUGCCCGGUGAGUACCGCAGGGAUUCAGAUCCACGGCAGUGCGUGGAGAUCGAAGAAAUUCCUGUGAUCGAUUUGUCCGAUGUGGAGAAGUGCUCCCCUGCUCGGAUAUUGGCGAUUGACUCCAUCCGGAGCGCGUCUAGAGACUGGGGCUUCUUCCAGAUUAUCGGCCAUGGAUUUCCA